CUGAGAAAGAAAGAGAGGAGAGCAGAGAGGCAGGCUUUGCCUUUUCUGGUAGUUAAAGUCGCUGAAAGAACAAACAGGAAUUCUUUGUGCUGCAGAAGGGCUGAGAUAUAAACCAGACUGUAGAGGUUGAUAUACGAAGAGAGGGGAGACACCGCUGUCCAUGGACUAAACUUGAGCUACUGCUAAGUGAGAAAGUGAGGAAAAUCUUUUGGGCAUCAUGGACGAUGACUUUGACCGCCGCAUGGAGCUGAGGAGGCAGAGGAGAGAGCAGAUGCGACUCGACGCUGACAAGAUGAGUUACACCAACGAUGAUGAGGAUGAGGAAGCUCGGGAGCAGAGGAGACGAGCGAGGGAGGAGAGGAAGAAGAUGAGGGACUCAGACGAGUCUGGAACCACUGAUGUGAUCGACACUAACAGUGGGACGGAGUCCUCCACCACGACCGGUGCUGAAGGUGCAGAUGACGACCAGGCUCUGCUGGAGCGCCUGGCCAAGAGGGAGGAGCGCCGGCAGAAGAGAAUGAUGGAAGCAAUGGAGAGACAGAAGGAGUUUGACCCCACCGUUAGCAUAACCAACGGCACAGACAGCACACUGGAAGAGCAGUCGUCCAACAGCAGCGGCAGACAGCGACAUACAGAGGAAGAGGAGGAGAAACCAGCUGAAGAGGAGGUGGCGGACAAUGCUACCAACUCCUGGAGAAAAGAGGAAGAGGACAAGGAAUCUGUUGAGGAACCAAGAACCUCAAGCACAAGAAAUGAGGAGGAGACUGAGGAGAAGGCUGCAGCUGAAGAAGAAGAGGUUGAGCAGUCCGAUUUAGGAAAGAAAGAUGCUGAAGAGGAAGCUGUUCCUGAUGCUGACAAGGAGGAAGAAGAAAAGAAAAGGAAAGAGGAAGAGGCAAGGCAGCAGAAAGAAAUGGAAAGGAAGCUGAGGAUAGAAGAGGAAGAAAGGCAAAAAAGGGAAAUGGAGGAAAAGCUCAAGAAAGAGGAAGAAGAAAGGCAGCUAAAGGAGGAGGAGGAAAGGAAGAAGAUGAGAGAGGAGGAACGCAAAAAGAGAGAGAUGGAAGAGAAGAAGAAAAAAGAGGAGGAGGAGAAGCCAAAGAGAUUUGGCUUUAAGGAAAAGAAUGAACCAGCCAAACAGAACGUAGGGCUCUUUGAGAAUAAACUCAAGAAAACAGAGAAGACAUCAAGGGACAAUGUUUCCUCCCCCAAGGCAGACGACGUGGAGCGAAAGGAGGCCGAGCGUAAGCUGCAGGAGCUGAAGCGUCGGCGGAACGAUGCAGAAAGCGAGGAUUUUGAGAAGAUGAAGCAGAAGCAGCAGGACGCAGAGGCCGAGCUGGAGGAGCUGAAGAGGAAGAGAGAGGAGAGGAGGAAGGUCAUGGAGGAGGAGGAGAAGCAGAAGAAACAGGAGCUGGAGGACAAGAAAGCCAAAGAGCAGGAGGAAAGGAAGAGGAUGAAGGAGGAGAUAGAGAAGAGGAGGGCUGAGGCUGCAGAGAAGAAGAAACAGAAGGAGGAAGAGUCUACAAAGCCUGUCUUUGCUAUCAGUCCCAAAGGCUCCUCAAAGAUCGGGGCGAAGGCAGAAUUCUUGAGCAAAUCAGCCCAGAAAAGCACCGCAGCCAGAGUGUCUCACACUCCAAUUGUCUCCAAGAUAGGCAACAGAAUGGAGCAGUACACCUCUGCCAUCCAGGGAAACAAAGACGUUAAAUCCCCAAAGUCUCCGAUGGCAGAUAUUCCUACAGGAGGCGCACGCAGCAUCAAGAGCAUGUGGGAGAAAGGAAACGUCGGCAGCUCCUCUGAAAGUCCAGCUCCUGCCAACAAGGAGUUGGCUGGUAUCAAAGGAGGUAUAGCCGGACGUGUCAACAGUUGGAUGGCAAAGCCUCCAGAGGCGGAGAAGACAGCAGCCCCAGCAGCAGCCCCAGCAGCAGCAGCAGCAGCAGCAAAGCCAGCAGAUGUGAAACCAGGCGAUAUCGGUAACAAGCGCGGCAUGUGGGAAACCAAGAAGAGCUCUGCACCUGCCAAGGUGGCUGUUGGAGUCAAGAGCAAGUUUGUCACUAAUGCAGGCGUGAGACCCUAACCAUUGACCUCCCCAUUUAAAUCAAGUCUCACCUGACCAAACACAAGGCUCUGCUACUGUAUGUGCAUCCAUUUCCCUUCAACGUACCUGUAUUUCGCAUGAAGUUCAAACCGGAGUGAGGAAAAAACGAGGGACCAGGGUUGAGUGACUCCAGCAUCACAGUCUCCAGAGAUCUUUCCACAGUUUCUUCCUCAAUAGUUUAAAAAGUAUUGAUGUAAGGGUUUUCAGGACAAAGUACCAAAUGUUUAUUGCUUAAUAGGUAUAAUGGAUUGUAUCCAUCUUUUUAAUCAGAUAACAAAGUAACACAUUUCUGAUGGCUGUCAGGGUGCCUAAAUGUUAUAUUGCUUUCAAGCCACAAUGACAUGUCUGCUUUUCUUGUCAUGUAUUGUCUAAUAGCUUAAACCCAAUAUUAA